AUCCACGACUUGCGGCGGUACCCGCAGAUCGGCACGCAGUCCGACAUCAUGCCAAACACGACCUUGAACGACCACCCGAGCGUGACCAAGACCGAAUACGCUGCCGUCUGGUACCCCUCCAUGUUGAGGAACACGUUGAAAAUCGGGUAGUUGAGCGACGGAAUCAUGCCGUAGACGACCCCGAUCGCGGCAUAUUGGGCAAACAGCCCCAUCGCUUCCAUCGACAUCAAGUCCAGCGCGCCCCCUGCCAUCAACGCGCCGCUGUCCGACAUCGUCGGGCUCUUUGUCUCGCUGUACUCGUCGCCAUCGGCGGACUGGAUGUACGACAGUCGCUCUUGCAAGUCGAGCUUGCUGCUGUCUUGUGCGAGUUGCAUCGAGUCGAAAACUCCAACGGGUGUAUCUCGGUCAAAUUCCCCAACGGAAUCAACUGGACCGAGCGGGACACGACGGACGUUUGCAUGGUGCAGGGGGGAGCGUUCCCAACCUCGAUGACCCAUUUGGAUGUAGACUCGCGAUGCACUUGGUCGACGGGACACCGGCAUGAUGCUGCGCGUCAUGGGUUUUCCCAAUGCAGCGGGAAAACCCCACAAACCAAACUAUUCCGGCCAAGCUUGCCCAACCCGCCCUUCCGCUUGAACCCCUGCAUCUCCUUGUUCUAGGGCGGCAGCGUGGAGAGCCGCACGACCGACAGCGACUGCAUCGAGUUGACGAAUGUGGGAUUUGUAUUCCGCGAGCGUUUGGAUUGCGACCCAAGGCGUAUGCUACUGGACAUCCUUGGAUCGGGACGUAGCAAUCGAGACACAGCGGUGAACUGCUUGACUGUUGCGUGAAUCAUGUUGCAAAGGGCUUUCCGCCGCACGAUGUGGCCGAUACAGUCGUUUCUCGCGCGUGCACCGCACCAUCAAGCCACCAUGCACCCCCUCCUCCAUCGACCCAUCAUCAUGCCCAUGGCUGUUCGUUUGAAUGUUCACACUAUUUUUAUCCGUCCAUCGUACACUAAUUAAUCUAUCUGACGUGGCGACGUUCCCUCGUACCGCGCGCUGGCUCCCAUGCGCCACGCAUUCCCGCCACGAAUCGCUACGAUUCACAUUGCGUCCAUCCUCGCGGGAACGACAUGGGCAACGACAUCCCUGACCUUCCUCCCCCCAACGACGCGACUUUCAUCGAUGAAAACGACAUCGUCCUCUCGUUUGCCGACGACGAAGACGAUGUCCGCGACUCCCAAGACGACGGCGACCGAACCGUGCUACGACUGCUGUCGACCCAUCUUCCACGCUCACCUGGACCCCAACUCGUCGAUUCCCGGCAAACCCACGGGCGAUCCUUCGAAUUGCUCUCCCCCGAACACCAGCGCUGGUAUGCAUCUCGAGCAUGUGAUGUAGAUAUCCCCGAGCUUCCGCCACAGCGGACCUUCUUCGAGCCACGCGGCGGUGCCGUGAAGCACCGUCCUCGACUCCGCGCGAGGUCGCUGCCUGGCCAGGCUCCUGCUGCCAUCCCUCCUUCAUUCUCGGCAAGUGAGCCCGAAGCAGAGCCGACAACGUCGACAGUCGCAUCGUCUGUUGGUUCCAUGUCGUCGCGUUUGGAGGCGUCUCUUGCGCGAAAUCUUGCGCUGACCCAGCAAGUCAAACGUCUGUCGUGGUGCGCGUUUUGUUUCUCGUGCAUUCUUCCAUUCCAUGCGUGCAUCAACCAUAGGGACUACGAGAAACUGUCGGUGCAAUUGCUGCAAGUGCAUCGUCAAGCAGAGGCCCAUGGCCAUGCCGUCGAGCGCGAAAUGGAGCGAACCCGCAAGUUGUCGAGAAAGCUGGAGCUGGUCGCCGAGCGCUAUCGUGUCACGAACGAGGGGUAUGCCGUUCUCAAGCAAAAUCUCAACGCGAUGCGAGUGCAACUGCAUGCCAUUGGGACGGAGAAGCAAAAGCUCACGGGGGAUGGCGCGUAUCACGUCAUGGCCGUGCCAGACCUGGAAGCGCUGGAAAAGACGCUGGAAUUCAGUCUGACCAAGGUUCGCCACGCAUUACGUCAGCAGUAUCGAGACGCAGUCGAUGGCCAGCGCGAGACAUGCGUGGUGUGCCUCCAUGAGCAAGUGUCGAUCGUGCUGCUUCCGUGUCGCCAUCGCGUCCUGUGUGCGAGCUGCGCUGUGAGGGUGCAGGCGUGCCCUGUGGAUCGCGUCGAGAUCACCGACAUGUUUCCGACGUUUGGAAUGUAGGAACUUGUUGCAAGAUCGCGACGACUAGUACAUGUUGUUGUAAAACUGUAGCAAGUUGGCGCGAUUGCGUUCGUUGUGCUUGUCCAAGUCGGUCUUUUCGAUAUGCCGCUUGAUCUUCUUCCCUGAGAUGACACUGCGAACUGUGUCUUCAUCGGACGAUGACGACGAGUCUUCCGAGCUGUCGCGGCGUUUGCGCCGCUUGCUGCUCGACAACUUUUUCCGUUUCUUGUUCGACGACUUGUCCUUCUUUUUACUCUUCGUUGACUUCUUCGCAUCGUCAUCGCUGCUGGAGCUGCUACUCCUGUCGCGAUGCCGCUGUCGACGAUGCUUCUUCGAGGACUUCUUUGCCAUUCUCUUGGACAAAUCAUCCGAACACAACGACGACGACCUCGGUCGAUUUUCUCGGGAAGAUCUCUCUUUCGAUCGCGAUCGCCGCUCCUCGCGUUCUCUGCCGCUAUCUACACAUCACCCCCCAUAGGUCCAUGCCGAAUGGACUAUGCUGAUGAAAAAACUACAUAAGCGGCGGUGACACGUCGUACCUCGGGAACUCAUCGCCGCCGGCUUGAUGCCUCCCGUUGCCGUGCACCCGAAUUUCGCGAAUUUCGUUAAAAGUGUCUCGUUUUCACAACUAUUUCGAGUUUUCCGCACAUAAUUUGCAAAACCUCAGAAAUGUCGACCUGG